AUGGAUGUUCUUGACCAAACUUCGGCUCAAUUCGAGUUCGCUACUUUCAACAGUAUCAAGGUCGGCGCCCAGGGCAACGGGUCGAGCAAAGCUCCCUUUCUUUUCAUCGUCAAGACCCCUACCUCCGGCGCACUAUCCCGCUCAACUACCCGAAGCGCUGCUGCGAGCAUCAACAGCCACGCCCAGCGGUGGGCUCAGGAGGCAGCCUCUUCCAAGGCAGUCGGCGGCGGUAGUGGCACUCAACGCCAGACGGAUACACUGGCCUUUGAGAAAUGUUUGAUGAGGUGCAGAGUGUCUCGAUUACUGGAUGACCCAAGCAAACCGUCGAAGGGAAGGCGCUCAGCAAGUGCGAGGCAAACCAGUCAGAUCGCAACAAAACGAGUCAAGAAGUCGAAACGAGCAACUUCCGAGAGCCGCAGUGUGGCGACUGACAAGUCUCUCUCAACAAGCCCAGAACCUGAGUCUCGACGACAACAUGAUUCCAGUGAGGAUGAGUGUCUCGAUAAUGACGCGAUUCAACAACUGCUGGGCACUUCUCCUAGUCCUCGACAGACAUCUGCCGUUGACCCCUUUGAUUGCACGGCUGGCACGAUAGACAGCGACAUAUUACCUAUCCUCCAAUAUUAUCUCUCUUUUGCUCUUCUCUCGACACCUCGAGGCGACGACGGCCAGAAACCUCCAGACGCUGUAUUUGUCCAGCACUUUUCCAGCAUCGAUGCCAUCAUCCAAGGGUGUAUGAGGAAGAGUGUACACAUGUACGCCCUCUUAGCUGCCACGGCUAGUCGCAUGAGAAGAGUCUCGGGCAUAUCCUUUCGUGCGGACAACGGACCCGAACUGUACCUCCACAAAGCUCUUCAAUGCCUGCGAUUGCUGCUCGACAGCCAGUCGGCGGCCGAGGACCGUCAGAUCAUCCUUGACAUCUAUUAUCUAAGCGUAUGCGGGUGGUAUAUGGAGAACUAUGGGGAGUCGAAGACUCAUUUCAACAUCCUCAAACAUUUCUGGAAGACAUUGACUCCUGGGCAGUCCACACUCGAUCGGUACAUCUACAACAUGCUCAGUUACAAUGCAAUCUUCCUGGAAUCUGACGCCACGCAGUUGGAGGGAUCGGUGGUCACGCCUGAGCUCCUGUGCCCUCCCGCAGGAAGUGAAAAGAUGCACCAGUCUCUCGGCUGGCACCCCAACCGUAUUUAUUCGUCUCACCAGUGCUCGGCCUUUCCCGGAGCACUUGAACAGACCACAUACAGCCCUGACCUGAAAAAUGUGGUGCAGGAACUUCCCUCUCUUUUGCGGCUCUUUAACCAUUUCCACCACAAUCCCGACUUUAUCGGCCCGGAGACCGACUGGGUUCUCAGCAAGAGCAAAUUCCUGGUUCUUCGCCUGUUGGAGAUGCCCAGCUAUGGCGGCGAGCUGUGCUGUCGUCUGGCUUUGGUCUUGCUGCUCCGACAUAUCUCGCAAUCUACUCUAACAAAGUUCCAUUGCACCGAUGAAUCCAUCUACUCUUCCUCGGCGGCUGAAAAACGACCACCGAUCGAACCGGCCUCAAUCACGCAACGCCUGAAACACCAACUCCAAUUCGAAAUACUGCAGCCAUUGAACACAGUCGGUUCGGGUAUUGACACCGCGCUACGAUCCACCAGCGGCACCUGCGUAACCUGGACAGGCCGGUCCGAGCGCUUGCUGCUUUGGAUUCUGAUCACCGGACUCUUUGGGGCACGCAGCACGGAUCAAAAAGACGAAUACCAAUGGUUCUGGGACCGCACCGUGGCACUAAUUCAAGCCCUUGGCGUUAGGACCAUGAAGCUGUUGAAGGAGUUGAUGAAGUCCUUCGUUUGGGUCGAGGGGAUGCUUGACGAUCAAGCGUUAGAGAAGUUGUUUUGGUUGGGCUCGGUGUCCGAUGAAGGAGAUGAUGAAUGA